AUGUCAAGAGCCUGCUACCCAAGGCAGAUGAAUUACCCAUACAGAAUUCCUUGUGCUUUUCUUUUUUAUACAUUUCUCCUUUUUGUAUUGACAAUUCCAUCAGGAUAUUGCUUUGGAACCGAUACCUUAACUCGGUCACAGCACUUAACAGCAAAGCAAACUCUCAUCUCAUCUGGUCAAAUCUUUGAGCUGGGCUUCUUCAAUCCUGGUAAUUCCAGUAAGCAAUAUGUUGGGCUGUGGUACAGGAAUAUAUCCAUCCGUAAAGUUGUCUGGGUGUUGAACAGAGAGAAUCCUCUUCUAGCUUCAGACAUUAGAGUAAGUCUAGCAAUCGGUGAAGAUGGAAAUUUGGUAUUGUUGGAUGGUAAUAGAAACAUAGUCUGGUCGACCAAUGUUUCUGUCAAGUCAAAUAGCUCGAUUGCAAUGCUUUCAGAUAAGGGAGACUUCAUUUUGAAGGAUAAUAUCUCUGGAUUAACCUUGUGGGAAAGCUUCAAUUAUCCCAGUGACACUUUCUUUCCAGGAAUGAUGUUGGGAAGGAACGUGAAAACAGGAGAUAAACGCUUACUUUCUUGUUGGCAAGCUAACGACAAUCCUUCGCUUGGAAAUUUCGUGGCUGGGCUUUCCCUUGAUACACCACCACAAGCUUUUGUUUGGAAUGGUUCCAAGCCCUACUGGAGAGGUGGACCAUGGAAUCAAUGGAAGUUCGUGGGUACACCAGAUAGUGAUGGUGGGUACGCGAAUGGAUUCAACGUUCAAUCUGAUAAUCAGCAGGGAAGUGCAUAUCUCACACUAGACACAUAUAAUGGUGAUGUGGAGCUGAAGGGGAUGAAGCUGCCAGAUCAUUUUGAAUAUUUAUACAUGGAGGAUGAUCGUUCAGGUUGCCGACAAUGGUGUAUGAAUAACUGUUCUUGUGUGGCAUAUGCAUUUGCAGAUGGAAUUGGGUGUAUGGUUUGGGCGGGAGACCUUAUGGAUGUUCAGCAGUUUUCCAUUAAUGGGGAAGUCUUCUUCCUCCGGCUUGCCUAUUCAGAGCUAGGUGAUGACAAGACAAAGCAUGAACUUAUCAUCAGCUUUCUAGGAAUUUCUGGGGUGAUUCUGUUGGGUUUUAUCUUGUUUUGUUGGCUUAGGAAGACAAGAAACCAAAGAGUUACGCCUACUUCUCUUCCUUCAGAGUAUAAUUCUCAUCAUUUUCUCACUACAUAUUGUUGCCUCAAAAUCAAUUAUUCUUGUGGUCUUGCAACCAUAUACAAGAAAUCUAAUAAAUUAUUUCUCUUCGAUGUGCAAAUGAUAAACAUCAGGAAAGAGAAGAGAUCGACGAAAGAACACUGCUUUGGUUGA